AUGGAAUCAUCUGCAUCAAUUAAACGUCAAAUAGAAGUCAUUUACGAACUGAGGGAAGUCAAUGAUAACAAUGAAUUAGAAGAAGAAGAAACAUAUAAAGAAAAAAUUAGAUUAAUUAAUCAACAAAUUAAAAGACUGCUAAAACAAAAAGAACAACUAACAAAUGAAUUUAAACAUUCACAAUAUGUAGGGUACCGAUGUGAACUUAAUAUACGUGAUAAUUUAAACAGCUUGUAUAGACAGUUAGAAAAUAUAGAAUAA